AUGCACCAAUUGCUGUGGGUAGUAGAAUCCCAAGUGACGCUCUCGCUUCUUGAGCCCAACGUGUACCGAGCGGUCAUUGACGAUGUCAUCGAUGCCAUUAAGCCCGAAUUUGAAGAGUACGGCGUCCCAGAAGACGUUCUGGCAGAAUUGCAGAGGAAAUGGGAAGACAAAGUCAUUGCGUCACACGUCGCAGAAUUUGAGUCAGGACACCAGCCGCCUCAGCAACAGAUGCAGCAGCAGCAGCAGCAACCUCACUAUAACGUUCAACACCCUAUGCAUAUCGUACAAGGCCACCCCCACUAUGCCGCAGCUCCUUACGGUGGCGUUCCCAGUGUUAAGACAGAGCCUGUUGAUACCAGCAGGUACAUCCUCGCUGGCACUCCUGCGUACGCUCUCCCCCCCUUACCGGGACCCACGCUGGGCGGACUUCGAACGGGUCUUGGAGGCCAAACGAGCAUUCUCUCUUUUCCUCCCGGUCCGCCUUCCAUUCAGCCAACGAACGGCACUCCUUCCUCAGGCCAACCUGCUUCAGCUUCUACGACGCCCCGCAAAAUUCCUCAAGUAGACGGCCCCUCUGACGAUUCGGACGAUUCGGCGUCGCCGCCUCCGUUUGCUCCACGUUCCCAGCACCCGUCGUUACCGCAGCCGCAGUCCCAGUCCUCUACUUCGUCCGCACCAAACGAAUCUGAGGCUAUCAAUAGUGAUCUAGAUGACUCAGACACGGAAGCGGAAGAUGAUACGGAGGAUGGAAACGUGGGCGAUACGGAUAUUGUGUUUUGCACGUACGAUAAGGUUGCACGGGUGAAGAACAAGUGGAAGUGCAUCCUCAAAGACGGCAUGAUCCACAUUAACGGUAAAGAUUAUCUUUUUCAGAAGUGUACCGGAGAGUUUGAGUGGUAG